CCUCCCCGCUCUUGCUCUGCGCGCCCCGAGGGCCGCGAGCACGUGGGCGCACCGGGGGCCCGCAGCCCGGGGCGGGGGCGCGGGCGGGGCGCCCCAGGGCGGCUUCCUUUGCUGCCUGCCGCCUGGGAGUGGCGGCUGCGCCCUCCCUCUCCGCCAUGACCCCGGCGCUGUUUGACCUCGGAAAAGUUUGUGCCUUCAUGGCAUUUGCACUCCCCGAGACCCAGCUGCCCCGGAGGUGGCCGCCUUCCCCGGGGGUACGGGGCCUGCCCGGGUCCCUGGGAGAGGUCAGGGGGUUCGCUGUCUCGGGGUAGCCCCACACCCAGAGAGACACCAGUGCUGACCUGUCCCGCCCAACCGGCCUGCCCACCCACCCGUUCACGCCAGCAGCCAGCAUGCAGUUUGCAAUGGAGUGGCCGCCCUCAGGGUGCUGGCCCGAGGCCCUGCUUUCAUUAGCUCUCCACCCCACCCCCAGUGGCUCAGAGAAUUCCCCCAAUCGCAGUCCAGUCCCGGGAGGCUGCUGGGCUGCAUCGGAUUUGAGAGGGGCCGGGCUUGGGCACACGGAAGGUUCAAGCCUUAAAUGGCAAGUCUCACUGGCUGACCUGCGGACCAACAAGGUCUUAAGCAGGUGCCUCCUGGCAUCUGUCUAUGCUGCAGUCUCUGCAGCCCUGUCAGGGGAGUGUGCUCUAGCACACGGACCAGCUCCCCAAAUUCUGGGUCAUUGUGACCUCCCUGCUGCCGGAGAAUGUGUUUACCGGACAGUCAAAGAUCUAUACCUACAUGAGUCCGAACAAAUGCUCUGGAAUGCGUUCCCCCCUUCAGGAAGAGAACUCAGUUGCACAUCACGAAAUCAAAUGCCAGGGGAAGCCAUUAACUGGGAUCUACAGGAAACAAGAGAAGAAGAACACUGGGAAUGCACUACGAAGCACCAUGAAGUCUGAGGAACAGAAGCUCAAAGACGCCAGGAGAGGCCCCCUGGCACCUUUUCCAAACCAAAAAUCUGAAGCAGCAGAACCUCCAAAAACUCCAGCCUCGGCUUGUGAUUCUCCCAACGCAGUUGCCACCAAGCAAAUCCUGAAAAAGCCGACCAAGGGCAAGCAGGCCCCUCGGAAAAAGACUCAAGGAAAAACGCAGCAGAACCGCAAGCUCACAGAGUUCUACCCCGUUCGGAGGAGCUCAAGGAAGAGCAAGGCUGAGCUGCAGUCUGAAGAAAGAAAAAGAAUAGAUGAAUUGAUUGAAAGUGGGAAGGAAGAAGGAAUGAAGAUUGACCUCAUCGAUGGCAAAGGCAGGGGUGUGAUUGCCACCAAGCAGUUCUCCCGGGGAGAGUUUGUAGUAGAAUACCAUGGGGACCUUAUUGAGAUCACAGACGCCAAGAAGCGUGAGGCUCUGUAUGCACAAGACCCCUCAACAGGCUGCUACAUGUACUAUUUUCAGUAUCUGAGCAAAACCUACUGUGUGGACGCAACCAGAGAGACAAACCGUCUGGGUAGACUCAUCAAUCACAGCAAAUGUGGGAACUGCCAAACCAAACUGCACGACAUCGAUGGCGUGCCUCACCUCAUCCUCAUCGCCUCCCGUGACAUCAAGGCUGGGGAGGAGCUCCUGUACGACUAUGGGGACCGCAGCAGGGCUUCCAUCGAAGCUUACCCUUGGCUGAAGCAUUAACCCCCCGCCGCCCCCCCUCCCUCCGCAAUGGACUAAGUGCCCUCAAAGGGAAUUGACUUUUUUUUUUUACACACCUAAUCUUAGCAGAUUACUCCAGAUGUUUUUAAAAAGUAUAUUAAGAUGCCUUUUCACUGUAGUAUUUAAAUAUCUGUUACAGGUUUCCAAGGUGGACUUGAACAGAUGGCCUUAUAUUACCAAAACUUUUAUAUUCUAGUUGUUUUUGUACCUUUUUUGCAUACAAGUUGAAAGUUUGUGCUUCCCGUGCAUGCAGUCAAAGACUCGGCACAGGUUUUAGAGGAAAGAGUCAAACAUGAACUAGGAAGUGGGGCGAUUCUCCUGCCUGCCACUGACGAGCCAGGACUCUGCCCCCACCCCGUACCCGAGGUCCCUCCAGGUGGGUGCCGCUGCCUCCCCUGUGGCCUGGAUGGGAUACUCACAAGCUCUUGUUUUCUUAAUGUUUCUCGACAGGCGCACAUUGAAGUAUAUGAAUAUUUUUUAAAAAGGUUUCUCAGUAAGUUAGUCUUCCCCUCUGCUUUCUCGAAAGCUUACUGGCCCAGGGGCCUUGGAGCAUGGGCCCAGCCUCGAGUUCCUCUUCCACGGCUGCCAAAUCCGGGCACCGGAAGCAUCAGGGCAGGAAUCAGAAAAAAUCAUUGUUCACCUGCCCCCCUCAGGGCAGGGUUUCCCAAAACUGGGUUAGUUCUUUAUAGAAAUGUGAACACUGAGUUUAUUUUAAAAGAUAAUAAAAAAUCAAAAAAGAAAAAAAAAAAAAACAAUUUACAUGUACAUAGGACUUGAAGUGAAUGGCUGUGUUUUUUUUUGUUUUUCCCCUUUGGUUGGUUUUGGUCUUUUUUCUUUUUCCUUUUUUCUCUUUUUGGCUUUUUGUAGAAGAGAUUUGAGAUGGUACUCUAUUCUAAUCAAAAAUAAAGUUUUGUAGCGGGACCAGAAAUUACUGAUCUACCCCACUCCACCCUGCCCAUUCCCUUGGGUUGAAGAUUGCAGGCCUGCAGUCAGAGCUGUUUGUCCAGCUGCCUGGUGUCCUUCCUUUGAAGAUGCAGCCACAAAUUGAAGGGAUAUAGGACCCCCUUCAUAGCUUCAAGGAAAGGCACCUACCCCAGUGCACUGGGAAUAGGUGUGGGGUGUGAAAUGAAACAGGCAGGGCCAGCAGCCCAGGGGUCAGGGCUAAGGGUCAAGUUCUCACCUGCCUGUGAUGGCAGGAGUGAGUUGCUCCUCCCUCCUAAAGGGGGACCCAUCCUCACUCCUAGUUUGUUAACCUAUAGUCCUGGGGUCUCCAGCCCCCUGUUCCCAGGUAAAUGUGAAUAGACAGGUAUGAGAGGCGGUCCUCAACACAGUGCCCUCUUUCCCCAUCCCCCCCGACCCCGCCACACCACGGUGCUACCUAAGAAAGUCUCCCCCCCAAACCCCCACAUUUGCCUGCUCAGUGGUCAGCAAGUCGGAGGAGGAGGAUCCGAGGGGAGUGUGUAAAUGUGAGAUGAAAUGUCUUGGUACCUGUUUGUGGUUUAGCUUUGUAUUUAAAAAAAAAGGAAUUAAACUUGAAAAUUAUUUGUCAUCAUAAAAAUGGAACAAAAAUUAAAAUAUUUAUUGCCAGCCAA